CUGUGUGGGUCUCUCGCGACUUCUAGGAUUUGACGGAGAACGGAUAGAAACAAAAGGAACAUGUAUGCGCAGGGGCUUCGGUUUGCGAUGACCUUGUUUCAUUUCCUGCCACUUCGGCAAGGAGACUGCGCCUUCGGUAUACGCCAAACCUCCUCAUGGCAUCUGGUCUGAACCGGUUCGGGAUGUGCGCAGUCUUGUGCGCACUGCAGACUACACGCACUGAUUUCACGCAGCAACCCCGCGCUCUCGUCGAGCUCCGCCCUCUCAUUGGUCAAGACGCGAUAGGCCCGCCCACAUCUUCCGCGUACCGUAUGGACAAUGGGCACGUUUCCGAUUUGCGAUUGGCUCAUGCCACUCCAAAACUUUAUAUUUCGGGGCAGGCCCCGUAUGUUGUGCACGGGCACGCAGAUAAAUGGAGUUGUAAACGAAGCGCGUGCACGGUUCAGCACCAAAAACGCGUGGACAGCGGCGACACCGAGAGAAAGAGAGAGAUAAAGAGAGAGAGAGAGAGCGAGAGGGAGAGAGAAGGGAGAGAGGGCUAGUCGUCGUGGGCUAGCUCAUUGUACUCCACGGACCAGUCUGCAACGCCGCGAUCGCGGGAAAACUUCAUCGGUAGUUUUGUGUCGCCGAGUGGACGAUAUCCAGCGGCACGGCUUCCUCGCUUUGUUCGCCCCGGCGGGCGAGCGUUUUUGCCACGAUAAAAGGUUGGGAGUGGGUGUGGGGAGAGAGAGAGCGAGAGACACGCCGUUAUUUUUUUUCGGCUCACGCGUGUGUCGAGCUUUUCGCGCGGUCUACGUUUAGCUAACGUUAACUGCACCCGCGAGGAGGGCUAAAUGGCCGCGGAUGAAGGCCAGCAGAGGGGAUAGCGAGGCUCGUUCGUCCAAGCCGGGUUCGGUCCAGAUUGCGGUUGAGUCGCGGUCCUGUUUUUGAGCCGCAUCUCCUCCCGCUCUGCACCGCUAGCUCACCGAGGUCUCCAUUGUGUGAGCCGUCGGCGCGCGCACGCACACACACACACCUGCCACCUCGCACAGCUACAACCGGCUGUUUUUUCUCCCGGAUUUCCCCUAUUUUUUGGCUCCUCUCUCACACACCCUAAAUCCACGCAUUCCAGAACAAAACAUGUGUUCCCGGGUUUGGUUCGUGACCGACCGGCGCAUCAGCCAGGAGUACCCGCAGGUCCAGAUCCACCGGGCGCUGAAGGAGCGCUGCGCCGACGAGGACGUCGAGUUCCGCUCGCUGCUCAUGGAUCAAAUCGUGCUGACGAUCAGCGAGGGACAACUAGGUCUGCGAGUGGAGCAAGAGUUGGUGACCUCUUAUCCUCAGGUGGUGGUUGUCCGGGCGCCCACGCCCUGGGUGCAGUCCGAUAGUGACAUCACCGUGCUGCGCCACCUGGAGAAGAUGGGCUGCCGGCUUAUCAACCGCCCGCAGGCCAUACUCAACUGCGUCAACAAGUUCUGGACCUUUCAGGAGCUGGCCGGCCACGGUGUGCCUCUGCCCGACACCUUCUCAUACGGAGGGCAUGACAACUUCCGAAAGAUGAUUGACGAGGCCGAGCCACUGGGCUACCCUGUGGUGGUGAAGAAUGCACGUGGCCACAGAGGCAAGGCUGUUUUCCUGGCACGGGACAAACACCACCUGACAGACCUGUGCCACUUGAUCCGUCACGACACCCCCUACUUGUUUCAAGAGUACGUCAAGGAGUCGCACGGCCGCGAUGUCCGGGUGGUGCUGGUGGGCGGCCGCGUCAUCGGCUCGAUGCUGCGCUGCUCCACCGAUGGCCGCAUGCAGAGCAACUGCUCGUUGGGCGGCGUCGGCAUGAUGUGCCCACUGAGCGAGCAGGGGAAGCAGCUGGCCAUCGAGGUGUCCAACAUCCUCGGCAUGGACGUGUGCGGCAUCGACCUGCUGCAGCUCAACGACGGCUCAUUCUUGGUCUGCGAGGCCAACGCCAACGUGGGCUUCAUCGCCUUCGACCAGGCCUGCGGCAUGGACGUUGCGGGCAUCGUCGCCGACUACGCCCUGUCGAUGCUCCCCAGCCGCCUCACCCGCAAGAUGUCCCUGCUGUCGGUGGUGUCGAGCACCAGCGAGACCAGCAGCGAGCCAGAGGUGUGCCCCGUGCCCACCGGCGGCGGCGGCUCGCUGCCCGAGGCCGUCUGCAACAUGAGCGUCGGUUCCACUUCCAGCGAAAGUGACCCGGAGCUGGCCGAGCCCUCCCAGUCCUCGCCCCGCCAGUCCACCGCCCCCGCCCUCCCCGAUCUGCCCGAUCCGGCCUACAACUUCAACACUCUUCUCGCCAAUGAAAUGAAAUUAUUGACUGAGUAAGAUUCAAGCGGCUUCAUGCACACACACACACACACACACACACACACACACAUCACAAAUGCAUAUUAAAAAGAAAACGCGCAGACACACGCCUGUACGCAUGCCAACAGACACUCCUUUUUAAAACACAUAUCAAAUGUUCAAUGCAAAACAUCAGCAGAGAAAAAACACACACACACACACACACUCGCGCGCAUGCAGACACAACCAGAGAAAUUCAAGACAUGAACCUUCUCCUACUAACUUGUAACAAAGAUCUGAGGCUGCUCCCCUGACUCCUCUCUUUGCACCUCUGCUCCCAAACUGUACUUAUUCAACCGUAGCUCCCAUCAGGCCGAGCGGCGCCAUGGUUCAGGGAUGUAGUAACCUACGGAAGAUUUGCCAAAUUGGCUUCUCCUACUUUCAAUUUUGCAAAUUAGGGAGUGUGAAGGGUACUAUGUUUUUUUUGGAUGGGUGUGGGAUUCCCAUAAAGGCAUCUGCCAUAUUUUUUAUCUUUUUAUCAUAAUAUUUAGGGAGAAUCUACAAUAUGUUGUCAUAAAAAUGGCUUUUCUUGCGGAGACCGUAGUGCGGUUUGGUGGAUUGGAUGAAAAAGCAAGUGUUUUUUUUAAUUUUUUUAAGUGAUUAUCUUGGGAGAGAAAAACCUCCUUGUGGGCGCAUUAAACUGACUGUUCCAAUGUAGCAAUGUCGUACUCUUUUAAAGGACGCAGAACGAGAUGGGGACCUUCCUCCAGCAACCGGAGAGGAAGGGAUUUCAUGUCACAUUUAUUGCUAUUUCAUAAUCACUGAAAUUAGGUUUAAAUUCACUACGUCAUAUGUUCGAAACCCGAACACACAACGAACACACAAUGUUUCGACUCGCCAAUACUUAAAUGUCGCCAGAGCUUCAACUUUCACAGUUCAUAAGAGGCUGUAGGGAUGCUUUUGCUUUCAGAAGAUAAUUAUUAACCUGGACUAGAAGCCCAUAGCACCAGAGAGUCCUCCUGGGUGCUCACACGGUGACCAAUUCACUGGGAAUGAAGCAGGUUAAUUAUGUAAAUGCCAGCAAAGCGGCACUAACCUGUGCGAGGUAGGAGAAAUAACAUACGUGUUCUGUUUUGGAGUCGCAUGAAAUUUAAAAAAAAAAAUGAAUUAAGAGCCAUGACUCGAAUUCUAGUUUUUAAUUGUUCGAUAGCUUGUCUAAUUAGCCUCGCCAGCAGCAGUAGUCUGCAACCUUUUUUUUUAUUACUUCAAUAGCACUUUAUGAUAAACAGAAGGUUUUUUUUUUGCCGCUCAGAUGACACAUUUAGGAAUCACAGUACAGUGUGAAAGCUGCGUCGAACAAAAUAUACCUCAAACCAGUGACUUGUCACUGCCAUGACGACAGAUAUUCAAACAUACAGCACAUAUCAGCCAGGAUCCUUGUGGUCUUCAAGUGGCCCCUGACAUACCAGGUUUUCCUUAUUUUUAUGUCCGAGAGCUGGAAUUUUAGUAGUGUUUUAAUCUUUUAAACUUUCUUUUGUAAAUAUUUAGGUAGGGAAUAAGCUUACUAGCUCAUUUAACUGCCAACUCCAAAUAAAAAUCUUCAGCUAACGUGGACAAAGUCCUGCAAUAUUAAAAGGUUGACACUGAAAAUUGGUGCUUACAUUUCUGGAUUUGGUAAGACAUGUUUUCCUAGUCACAUGAUUUUGACUUGUUUUCACCUCAUUUUUUGAUAACAAUGAACAACAUAAAACGCAAAAUCUGUUGGCAUGAUGUACAAAUAAAAAACAUGGUAACUCUAUUUCUGCCGUCUCUUUGAUCAGAAUGUUACGUUUUCUUUCCUCAACAAAGAAAGAAAGACAAAAGCAGGCAGUGGACAAGAGCUUAUUUUUGUUGCAAUUUGUUUACCACCCCGAAGACCUUUUUGGAUAGAAGCAUCAACAUAGGUUGACAUCCAGGAUUACUAAUAAUUUACAGCUCUGAUCAAAAGCACAAAUGAUUGCGUUCUACUCAGUGACACGUUUUCAGACUCCUUUCCCUUUCUUCGAACCACUUCUCAGGGAAGCAGCCUGGAUCUUCCCCCCUUAACCCCCCUGACCCCCCAAAAGCAGCAUUCCAGCUAGAGACAUGUCAAAACAUUACACAUAACUACAAGCAGACAAAAAAACACUCAAACAAUGAAAGAAAAGGAUGAGAACUACAGUAUGAGACAAUGUGGUGUAUACCAUGAUUAACGUUCACUUUUUUUCCUUGCUUGUUUUAUAUUGUUCCUUGUUUUCCUCCUAAUUUAUAGUAUUUUCAAAGAAAAAAAGUGUUUUUUGUGCACUAACAUUGUCUCAAUAAAGUGAAACCGCUGUGAAGCUUGA